UGUAAUAAUAGUUAUAGUGAUUUACAUUUAAGAACAAUUGCCUGAGACAAUGAGAGUUAAUACAUGUAGAGUGCUUGUUCGAAAGUUGAAUAUUGGAAUUUUCAUUAAAUUUACAUUAACAUGCAUAUGUUUAACUGUUUUAUGGAAUACUUUUGGAAAGGGAAUAUUUAAGGUACGCCUAGACCAACGUUAUUAUCCAUCACAAAACAAAAUAAGAGAAUGUCAAACGUACACAACUUUCGGUUACUCGGAUAUUCAAGGGGUUUCGGGACCGGUUGACCUCGUUCUUACCUGGGUGAAUGGUUCAGACCCUGCAUUUAUCGAUGAAAUGAUCAGAUUCGAUUUACGAAAUAAGAGCUUUAUGCCAAAAAGAUACCGUGACUGGGGAACCUUGCGAUACGCCUUGCGAUCAGUGGAGAGAAACGCGGACUGGUUUCGUAAUGUGUAUAUAGUGACCAAUGGUCAAAUCCCGACAUGGCUGAAUCUAAAAUAUCAUAGAGUAAAGCUUGUGACGCAUACGGAAAUAUUCAAGAAUAAAAGUCAUUUACCAAACCUUCAAUUCUCUGGCAAUAGAAAGUCACAUUCAUCGAAUUCCAGGGUUGUCCAAACAUUUCAUUUACAUGAAUGAUGACUUUUUAUUUCUAAAUAAAGUGGAACUGAAAGAUUUUUAUACAAAAGAGACUGGAUUCAAGGUAAGGCAA